UACAAGGAAGGCCGGCCUCAAACUUUUCUAAAGAUAAUGCUAAACUAGAUUUAUAUAAUUGAUCCACUCUCUAUGAACCAACUCAUUAGAGUUGGUAAAAAUAUAGUCAAUCUCAAGUGUAAUUAAGAAUGUGUUUAUCUAUCUCUUAUUUAGAAAGAAAAAAAUGGUAUCUUGUAUUAUAGAAAUAGAAAACAUAUAUCAAACUGCGUAAGAAAGGAAAUGGUAUUUAAGGCAAUGCAAUUGUCUGAUACACAGAUUCCAUUGUAGCUCAACCAAAUUCCUACAUAUCAUAUACAUAUUUUAUCUAGUUGCUACAUCUUUUUCCCUCUCAAGAGUCAUUGUUAUGUCUAUGAUGAAAGAGUUAAACUUUGGGACUUCAUCUUCCUUCACCUAUGAAUGGGUUUAUGAUGUUUUCCUCAGUUUUCGAGGAGAGGAUACUCGUAAUGGUUUUACCAGGAACCUUUAUAAUGCUCUUUGUGGAAAAGGAAUCAACACUUUCAUAGAUGAUCAAGAACUUAGGAAAGGAGAAGAAAUCACACCAGCUCUCAUGAUGGCAAUCCAACAAUCAAGAAUUGCAAUUGUGAUUUUUUCAGAAAACUAUGCAUCAUCCACUUUUUGUUUGGAAGAGCUUACAAAGAUCAUGGAGUGCAUAAAACACAAGGGCAGGAUGGUUUGGCCAGAUUUUUAUCAAGUUGACCCUUCUAAUGUCCGCCAUCAGAAAAGUAGCUAUGCAAAAGCACUGGCCAAUUAUGAAAGAAAAAAAACCAUUGACAAGGAGAAGGUGAAACAGUGGAGGUUAGCUUUGCAAUAGGAAAAGAAAAGAAAAUGGUCACCUGUAGGGAUAACAGAUUGCAAAAAAAGUUACAAGAUAUAGCUAGUAGUAGCUACUCUCAUCAUGAUCAGGUAUGAUUUAAGAUAGAGGAGUGGAUAGAAGAUUACGAAUGUUGAUAAUGCUUUGUAGUGUGUUUAUAAACCACUUAAAAGUCAAUGAAUGUAUGAUUUCCUUAAAAGUCAAUGAAUGUAUGAUUUCCUCUGCUUUCUG